AUGAGAAAUAAAAUAAAGAAAAAAAUAGACAGCAGCUGCAACUUUGUAAAUCUAGAAUGCGUGUCUAUUGCCAUCUUAGUUGAAUUUCUUUCCUUUUUUCUUUCUUUCUUUCUUUUUCCUUUUUUUCUGGUUCGGACAAGCAUUUUAUGUCCAAUUGAUCAACUUCUUCCUUUCUUUUUUUUCCUUUUCUCUUUUUUUCAUUCUUUCUUUCUUUUUUUCAUUCGUUGUUUCUUCCGGUCUUUCUUUCUUUCUUUCUUUUUUUUUUCAUUUCCGGUCUUUUUUCUUUCUUUCUUUUUUCAUUCGUUUUUUUCCGGUCUUUCUUUCUUUCUUUCUUUUUUUCAUUCGUUGUUUCUUCCGGUCUUUCUUUCUUUCUUUCUUUCUUUCUUUUUUUCAUUCGUUGUUUCUUCCGGUCUUUCUUUCUUUCUUUCUUUUUUUCAUUCGUUGUUUCUUCCGGUCUUUCUUUCUUUUCUUUUUUCUUUUGUUUCUUUCUUUUUUUUUUCUUUUUUCAUUCGUUGUUUCUUCCGGUCUUUCUUUCUUUUUUUUUCUUUUGUUUUUUCUUUUUCUUUCAUUCGUUGUUUCUUCCGGUCUUUCUUUCUUUUUUUCAUUCGUUGUUUCUUCCGGUCUUUCUUUCUUUCUUUCUUAAGUCCCACCUUCUUUCCUACCUAA